AAUAACAUAAUUAAUUCUGCUCUAUUACGAUACGGUAACACUAUAAUUUUUGUCAAUAAUGAGUGAUGUUGACGAAAAUAAAAUCGAUCUUCCCCCACUUAGCUUUGAAAUAUGUCCAGAGAGCGAUGGUGAGCGGAAGAAGCGAAUCGAAAUUGAAAAAUUAAUUGUCGAUAACCCUGACGGCAGGAUUCCAUUAAAUGCAUUGCAAGAGUUGGCCCUUAGCGAUUUCGGAUUGGUAAACGAUGACCUAAGGCGAGUUCUGUGGCCGCAAUUGGCAGGAGUUGAUGUCACAAAUUUGGAACGUGUGCCAACUCUUGAUGAGUUGCAAAGCCACCCGGAAUUCCAUCAAGUUUUGCUAGAUGUGAAUCGCUCAUUAAAGAGAUUUCCUCCAGGCAUUCCUUACGAGCAACGUAUUGCCUUGCAGGACCAGCUGACAGUGCUCAUACUGCGAGUAAUCAAAAAGUAUCCGAAUUUACGGUAUUAUCAGGGAUAUCACGAUGUCGCCGUAACAUUUCUAUUAGUCGCUGGCGAGGAAGUCGCAUUCGCCAUCAUGGAACAACUCUCUACAACCCAUUUCUCUGAAUGCAUGCAGGAAACAAUGGAGGCGACGCAGCGCCGUCUCAUGUUCAUUUGGCCGAUUGUACUCUUUGAGCAGCCAGAACUUUUCCACUUUCUACAACGGUCUUCAGUGGGCACUUUGUUUGCCUUACCCUGGUAUCUGACCUGGUUCGGACACAGCUUAAAUUCAUACAAGGCUGUUGUACGAUUAUACGAUUAUUUUCUUGCAUCGCCGAUGUAUACCCCGAUUUUUGUUACCGCCGCAAUUCUAUUGCAUAGAUCAAAUGUUAUACUUCAGGAGGACUGUGAUAUGGCAUCAGUGCAUUGUCUCUUAUCAAAGCUGCCAGAUGAUUUGCCGUUUGAGGACAUUUUAGUCAACUCCAGUAAAUUAUAUGACAAAUAUAGUUUGACUGUAAUCGAAAAGAAAGUAGAAGAACUCAUUCAAAAGGAGAAAGAACAGCGCAAGCUUGAGGAAGAACGGCGGAUUAAUUAUCGACGAUCUUGUUCUUCUAAGUCUAAUUAUAAUGUAAGUAAAUGGUUCUUAAGCGUGCUAACGCCAAAAUCUGUUAUGAUGACAACCGCCGUUUCGAUUGUCGUUGGAAUUUGCGCUUAUUACUACAAAAAUCAGUAUUUGGCCGCGGGUAUAAGCUGAGUUUGUGAGUAUUUCAGCCCAACGAUAUUUUUCGUAAUACGUUCGGCAUCUGUUCAGCCCAAGUGUGGUUGUAUGGUUAAAAUUUGCCUUUAUUAAUUAUUAGCUAAGCUGAGCAUGAGUGUAAAAAUAUACACACCCAAAGUAUGUACACCAUUAAAGUAAAGAGUA